AUGAAACAAAAAUUUUUUAAAUUUGGGUUGCAGUUAACCUAAAAUUAAUUGUCAUUUUCUAAUUAAUAAUUUUUUUAUCUUAUGAUAUCUUAAAAUUCGAAUGAUUUUCGUCAACUUAGCUAAAUAGUUGAUGUUUCAUUAAACAGUGUUGAUUAAAGUCAAAGUUUAUAUGAUAGAUUUCAAGGAAUCAAUACUGAAAAUGAAUUUUAAGACUAAAAUGAGAUAAUCUCUAUAUAAUCUAUUAGGAUUCCCUUCAAUAAAAUUGAAUUUAUUUAAUAGCCUAUAUUGUCAAAGAAGUUUAAUAUAGAAUUAUAUUUAUAGAAUAAUGCCUGCUUAAAUUAGAAAGAUUGACAAUUCCUUCUAAUUCUAUAUUUUUGACCUUAUGUUAAUGGAAGCUUCAAAAGUAGGAUUAUUAAAAUAGAAAUAUAUUAUAAAUUCGGAGAGUAAAGCUUUAGUUGGGAAAAUUAAAGUUUUUGAUAGUGGAAAGCUUUAUGUUUUUUAGGAUGGUGGAAUGAGUCCAAAAAAAUGUACUAAUUAAUCAUUUUACCGAAAAUAUUUAGGAAGCAUUUGUAAAUAAAAUGAGUUAAAAGUAAUAACAUAUUUAUAUAUUAGUGUCAUAUUCCAAAAAUAAAUUUAUAAAAUAAUUAAAUUUAUUCUUAUUCUCCUAUUUAUUUUAAGAAAAAUAAGGAAAUCAUUUAGUAAAAUAAUUAAUUCUUUGAAUUUUACAACAUCUUUAAAUUUUAAAAAUAAAAUUUAUGGUCUGUACUUUACAAAAAAGAAAUAACAUCAGAAUAAUUCUUGAUAAAAUUACAAAAAAUAGAUGAGAAUUCUUAUGAAGUACUAUAUACUUCACCAAUAAAUCAUUUGUAAGCUUUUUAGAUUAGUAUUUCUAUCAUAUAAAUUAUUUCUUGA